AUCGUUUUCUCUCCUCACGACUUUUCAAUUUGGAGAGAGAUGAUAUUAUAUAAUGUCGCACGCCUCUCCAUCGUUUACACUGUUGAUGAUGAUCAUAUCUCAAUUCUCGAACAAAAAGUCGCUGUCUUUUGGCUAACAUUGCCACGGCUUUUCCUCCUCAUUCUUUCAUCUUCCUGCCCAAUGAAGAUCAUGGUAAUGAUCAUUUCUUUUCCCCUUCUUGCCCUCCCCAACUCUUCCUUGGUGUUGACCAAGUUCUUGUGGAGGAUGAAUGAUGGAUCGCAUGUUGGUGAGAAGAAGAAGAGGCUUAAGUUGGAACAAGUGAAGGCACUGGAGAAGAGUUUUGAGUCGGGUAACAAGCUGGAACCGCAGAGGAAAUUGCAACUGGCUAAGGCUUUGGGGUUGAAACCAAGGCAGAUAGCCAUCUGGUUUCAAAACAGGAGGGUUAGGUGGAAGACCAAGCAAUUGGAGAAAGAUUAUGAUGUUUUGAAGAAACAGUGUGAAGCACUCAAGGCUGACGCUGAUGCACUUCAGGCUCAAAACAAGAAGCUUAGUGCUGAGUUAUUGUCUUUGAAAACCAAAGAUACAAACGAAAUAAGCAUUAAGGAUGAAGUAAAUGAGGGUUCAUGGAGCAGUAAAAACCUUUUCUCAACUUCAUCAACGAGGCCAACAAGCAUGGUUCAACUUCUCCAAGGCUCAACAAGACCAAACCUCCCAUGCACUAAACCUGACCAAGUAGUUCAAGAAGAGGGAUUUUGCCAUCUGUUGAAUGAAGUUGAUGAGCAGCAAGGUUUUUGGCCAUGGGGUGAGCAAUAAGAAAAGUCCAACUGAGCCAAGAGGCCAGGUUGAGCUAGCAAGUUAGUUAAGAAGAAAAUUUGGGAAUUUUCCUGUCAACUUCAAAUUCUUGUUUUGGUUGUUGGUUGGUGUAUAGAAUUGGAUACAUUUGAUAUCAUUUGGGCAGAAAAAUCAAUAUGUUGGUUUGGCUCUGAAAUUAAACACUUUCUUGUGAAAUAUUUUUAUUUGACAUUGAGUGGUUUCCCAA